UUCCUGAGUACGUUCCCAACUUUCAAGUUCGUUCCCAAAUCCCUUCACAAAUAUCCCAAGUUAGUUCUCAAAUUUCUCCACAAAUCCACCCAAGUCCAUUCCCAAAUCUCUUCAUAAAUCCUCCAAAUCCGUUCCCAAAUCCCUUCCAAAAUCCUCCCAAGUAUGUUCCCAAAUCCCUUCCUAAAUCCUCCCAAGUCGGUACCCAAAUCCCUUCUUAAAUCCUCCCGAGCCAAAUUCCUCACAAGUCCGUUCCCUAACCUCUUCGUAAAUCCUCUCGAAUCUCUUCCUUAAAAUUUCUACCCUAACUUAUUUGUCAAUUAUAAACUAUAAGCAAGAUAAAAUUGAAAAAGUUGGCUGUUCUCCCUUCAAAUAUAAAUAUAUUUUAGAGUAAGUUAGCUAGCUAGUUUGUUUGCUCAAUCUUCAAUACAUUCUUCCUCUCUCCCCAAAAUUUUUUUUAUUUUGAAGCAUACAAAAAGCCUUUAGGUACCUCUAUUUGUUAGUUCUUUUGUGCUUCUUUUUUCUUUCUUUUAUCUUAAAAAUCUUCAAAAAAUAUUUAUUUUGUUCUUAGAAAUCGAGUUGCUUUAUUUUACUUUAUAUGUUUAUUUACCAGCUUGAUUUCAAGUUAAUAUUGUGUUUUUUUCUAUUUUUUCCGCCUACUCAUUUUCGUGUUCUUUUAUAGUUAAUGCGCAAGUUUUCUAAUUUUAUUUUGAUAUCAAAUAAAUUUUUUAAAAAUUUGGAAAAAAUAUUUUUAUUUUGAAAAAUGAUCAGUUUAUCUCAAAAAUAGUUUGUUGGAUUUUAAAAAAUUUUUCUCUGAUUUUUUUUGCUAUACCCCUUCAUUUAUUCGGCACUAUAUACAUUUACGUAUAUAUACUGGACCUUAUUUGGGCUACUGGGGCUUUACUGGGCAGUACACUUUUUUUGAUAUGUCUUCUGACCAGAGGUGGGUCGGAACAGCCAGAGGUGUCGGAAAUGGAAGAGCCGGAAAUCGGAAUUGGCUCAAAAGUCGUAACUCGGUAAUCGGAAAUUUUUUUCGGAAAUCGGAAGUCGGAAGGAAAAAAACGUCGGAAAUCGAAUUCCGACCCACCUCUGUUGGGCAUUAUAAUUUUUUUGAAUAUACGAUCGACUCUCCGACUAAUAUCCCUCCCCAAAAUGACCCUCGAUCUAACGAAUCUCUUCGGUGGUAAGAUGUUAAUGAGAUUAACCCUCGAUCACAUCAUCUCUUUAGGGUCUUCUGCCCCUUCGAGUUCUUUCCUUUAUUAAAUCGAGAGUCGAUAUUAGCUGUACAUUUGGAUAUGUAAAUCAUCCAAAUCAGCACCUAUUGGCCUAUAAUUUUACACAAUUAUUCCCACGAGUGUUAUUUAUCAUCCAGGUCAAUUCCAGAAUUUUUGGUUGAAAUUUUUAUUUUUCUCUUAUUUUUACAUUUUGCGCGCUGCUUGAAUAUUAACAAAAUUUAUUAAAAUAAAAAUUAUCAGAAAAAUUAGAAAUUAAUUUAAAAUGGCUUCAAGAAUGGAAAAGGGUGCUUCACAGCAAACAUCGCUUUUAGAUGUACUUAAAAAGAAAAUGCGUCAGGCUCGGGAGGAGGCGGAGCAGGCAAAAGAUGAGGCUGAUGAGGUUAAGAGACAAUUGGAGCAGGAGAGAAAGAAACGAGAAGAUGCAGAAGCAGAGGUAGCUGCUCUCAACCGCCGCAUCGUCCUCGUUGAGGAAGAUCUUGAACGUACCGAUGAUCGUUUAAAAGUUGCUACACAGAAAUUGGAUGAAGCGUCUAAAGCGGCUGAUGAGGCUGAGCGUGCUCGAAAGUCUAUGGAAACUCGUUCCCAGGCAGACGAGGAGCGUGCAAAUAUACUCGAGGUGCAAGUAGAUGAGGCUAAGGUGAUUGCUGAAGAUGCCGAUCGCAAAUAUGAGGAGGCAUAUGAGGAGCGCGCCAAUGCUAUUGAGGAGCAACUCAAGGAGGCUCAAAGCUUGGCUGAGGAGGCUGAUCGUAAAUACGAUGAGGUUGCUCGCAAACUUGCAAUGGUUGAGGCAGAUUUGGAGCGUGCUGAGGAGCGUGCCGAGGCUGGAGAGAACAAAAUUGUAGAGCUUGAGGAAGAAUUGCGUGUCGUCGGAAAUAAUUUGAAGUCUUUGGAAGUUUCGGAAGAAAAGGCUUUACAGAGAGAGGAUGUUUAUGAGGAACAGAUUCGUAACUUGACUGGGCGACUCAAGGAGGCUGAGACUCGUGCUGAGUUUGCUGAACGUUCGGUUCAAAAGCUCCAAAAGGAGGUUGACCGGCUUGAAGAUGAGCUUCUUGUUGAAAAAGAACGUGUUCGCAAUCUGACCGCUGAAAUCGAGCAGACGGUCCAGGAAAUUCAGGGCACAUAAAUAAUGAAGGGAUAAAGUUAACAAUGGGGAACAAUGAUGGACAUUAAAAUAAUAAAGCUUUGUACUCGUUAAACAAUUUUUUAAAAUUUUAGAGUUGUAUCUGGUUAUAAGGUCACCAGCCUUUUUAUGUAGUAGUUUGAAAGGCAAACGUCAAACGUUCCCUUCAGCCUACUUUCUAAUGCGAAAAGAACAUGCCCAGCCUUCUCCCUCCCUCUUUCUAUUAGUCUGAAGGGUAGCUCUCCACCCUACUUCCUAGUGCGAAAGGAACAUGUCCUAUUUAAACCUCUCCCUUGUCACCAUGGGUCUUGGUCCCUUCAGCUUACUUUCUAGUCUGAAAGGCACGUUCCUUUCAGACGACUUCAUAGUGCGAAAGGAAGAUGUUCUCUUUAAACUUCUUCCCAGUAACAAAGGGUCUUGGUCCCUUCAGCUUACUUUAUAGUCUGAAAGGACUAGAGAUAACAUUUCCCUCGCUAAUUAUGUUCAUGUUCUCUCCGGAGAAUGAAUCAUGUUCUCUACACCCUACAUC